UACUAAGUAUUUUGUAUGGAUAUGGAUAUCAACAGUUGUAAAAAGGCAACGACAAAUCAAUAAUCUCACUUCCUUGUUUUUUCCAUGAGGACUUGUUUGGUUGUCACCUACGUAUAAGAUUAGAAGUAUCAAACGAUUCUUUGAUUGUUGGCAUGAUAGUGAAAACCUGAAGGGCUGAACCUACUCCAAUCCACCAUCCCAGCUCUUUCAUCCAGCCGAAAAACUGCCACAAAAACCAUCUUUGAUUGUCUAUACGUCCUUAGGCAAGCCAAACCACUUUCAGACGUAGUCUGAUAUAACUUGUGAAGGAAAACAUGUUUUAAUUAUCCCUUCAGUUCCAAGGAAUCUUUCCCUUUUUUCUCCGGUAGUCUGAAGCUGUCUUUCUCCUGCUCCACUUCAAACAACUGCGAAAACUACAUGGAAGGAGAUAAGUCCUUAUCCUGCGCGUCCUCUUCCCUUUCCAAUUCCCACAGUGCCAAAGUCUACGACCAAAAUUCAGCUGUAUAUCUAUCAGAAUCAAUGUUUUGGUCAGGCAUUGCUACCAGUCUUAAUUGGCCGACAAAACCAACAUUUCCUCGACUUACCCAAUUGAAGCAUGAAAAAUCUCUGAUGCAAAAUAGUAUAAUUUCUUUUAACACCAAAUGUAAUGGUUAACUGUCACUAUAACGAGGGUUGCUUUGGAUCUCAUCGUCUAGAAAAGAAAUCAAUGUUUCCGUUGGACAUGAACAGCAUGAUUAAAUAGAAGACUGAAGCAUUUCGCUUGAAAAUGAAAGAGUUCUCUACAUAAAAUCAAGCCAAGUCUGAUCAACAAUGCAUCCACCAAAACAAUAAUGGCUUCAACUUUGUGUUCUUCAUUCAUUUCCAGUGCCUUGAUAAUCUUGCUAGUCCACCUAUCUUCCUCCUCCAACAAUCUGGCAGCAAAACACACCUAUUCCGCCUCUCAUCACCACCGCCACCACAACCGUUCCCCGUUUCCAAACCCGAAACUUCAGAAAGCUUAUAUUGCCCUUCAGGCUUGGAAACGAGUCAUCUACUCAGACCCCCGCAACUUCACCUCUAACUGGGUUGGUCCUGAGGUUUGCAACUAUACAGGCGUUUUUUGUGCGCCUCCCCCUUAUGACAAGAAAAUCAUAGUAGUUGCUGGAAUUGAUCUUAACGGUGCUGAUAUAGCCGGUUUUCUCCCUGAUGAGUUGGGCCUUCUCUCAGACCUUGCACUCAUCCAUCUCAAUAGCAAUCGCUUCUGUGGCAUCCUGCCACAAACUUUAUCCAAUCUGUCACUUCUCUUUGAGCUUGAUCUUAGUAACAAUAGGUUUGUAGGGCCUUUUCCAUACGUUGUUCUCUCUCUUCCAUCUUUACAAUUUCUUGACCUUCGAUAUAAUGAGUUUGAAGGGCCAUUGCCUCCUCAACUUUUCACUAAAAGUCUCGAUGCCAUAUUUGUUAAUAACAACCGAUUCUCUAAUGUGAUACCAUCCAAUUUCGUUGGAAGUUCAGCUUCUGUUGUGGUAUUUGCCAACAACAAUUUUGGAGGCUGCCUGUCACCAAAUAUUUCCAACUUUGCCAACACUUUGGAGGAGCUGCUAUUAACCAACACUAGCUUGUCAGGGUGUUUGCCACCAGAAGUAGGUUACCUUUACAAACUAAAGGUGUUGGAUGUGAGCAAUAAUAAUUUUGUUGGUCCAAUACCUUACAGCAUUGCAGGGUUAGCUCAUUUGGAGCAACUAAACUUGGCACAUAACAUGAUGAGCGGGAUUGUACCCAUGGGAGUUUGUAUUCUACCGAAGCUGGAAAAUUUUACAUUCUCUUAUAACUUUUUCUGUGAGGAGGAAGGGAUUUGCCAGAACUUGACAUCGCAUGGUAUAGUUUUUGAUGAUCGCCGUAACUGUUUGCCAGAGAAGCCAAACCAGAGAAGUCAGAAAGAAUGCCAAGCUGCGCUUGAACAUCCAGUUGACUGCUUUCACUACCACUGUGGUGGUGGGAGUAGCGGUGGCGUUCUUGGCAGUUCAACUGCAAUUCCCUCGGCCAUGAUGCCCGCUGCUGCACCACUUUUAUCACCUUCUAUGGCUCCUGGCUACGUGUAAAUAGACAUCUAAGGUGGUUAACAAUAGUAAAAGCGAGAAUAAGUUAUUAAGA